AUGAAGUCGGUUAUCUUCAGUCGGUUCUUCAUCCUUCUCCCGUGGGUUCUAAUCGUCAUCAUCAUGAUCGACAUCGACACCAAACGCACGUUCCGCUCUCCGAUGGCGCGCCAACGGGCCCAGCGGACAGCGGCGGCGAAUUUAUCGGCGUUGCCCAUGAUCUACGCCAUCACGCCGACGUACUCGCGGCCGGUGCAGAAGGCCGAGCUCACCCGGCUGGCGCAGGCCUUCAGGCAGGUGCCCCGCUUCCACUGGAUCGUCGUGGAGGACGCCUCGUCGAGAUCGGAUCUGGUGACGAAGUUUUUGGCGAAGAGCGGGGUCUCGGCGUACACGCACUUGCACAUUUUUACCCCGCGCCGGUUCAAGCGGGCCGGGAUGCCGAGGGCGACGGAGCAGAGGAACGCGGCGCUGACGUGGCUGCGGCAGCAUCGCACCAGGAGGGACGCCGGCGUGGUGUUCUUCGCCGACGACGACAACACGUACAGUCUGGAGCUUUUCGAUGAGAUGCGCAGCACUAAAGGCGUGUCCGUGUGGCCCGUGGGCUUCGUGGGGGGUCGGGCUUACGAGCGCCCCCUGGUGUCCGGGGGUAAAGUGGUCGGCUGGUACACGGGCUGGAGACCCGACCGACCCUUCGCUACGGACAUGGCAGGUUUCGCGGUGAACCUCCAUGUGAUCCUGUCCAACCCUCGAGCUCAGUUUAAGCGCAGAGGGUCUCAGCCCGGGAUGCAGGAGUCUGACUUCCUCCGACAGAUCACCACAGUGUCCCAGCUGGAGCCCAAAGCACACAACUGUACCAGGGUCCUGGUGUGGCACACGCGCACGGAAAAACCACAUCUCGCCAACGAACCCAAGCAUCGCAAGGACACCGUGAUCAUCGAGGUCUGAGCCGCGAA